GAUCGGUGCGGUCCUCCUGCAUCUUAACGUAUUCCGAGUGUUCGCGGUUGGUUGUUGACGUUAAUGGUGCUGGGCUGUUAUUUGUUGUGCAUCAGGUUACUAGCUAUUACCCGAGUAGUGCUCAUAACGAUUGCAUUCCUCGCUGAACGCUGUAAUCGUUGAGCGCUUCGGAGCGAAAAGCGAAAGUUACGGUGAUCGGAAUAGGCGAGUGAUUAGUCAGCCGCUCAUAAAAAACGGAUCGAUCUGUGGUGGUGGUGUUAAUCCGUUUCGGGCGUAUUGAUGCUGUAGCAUCUAGCGCUUCCAGGUUCUUGUGUCGCUUACUACAGUGCAUUCCAAGUGGUUGCUGCACCGAAGCCUUCCGAAAACCUAACCCCAAAACCGGUCAGCGGUUGACAUAAAAAUGCAUAGAAACAACUAGACAUCGAGAAAACCUGUUUUAAGCCACACUGUUCAAACGCUGCUUUUCUUCAGCCAUCGUGACAUCCCAGUGGAAGACUGAGUGUCUUGGGAAGUGAACAAAAAUCGAAAACAAAUAUUAUACCAAGGAGGAACCCCCUUUGGAAAGUGUUACUCAACGGAGAUCUACCAGCCAAGAGAAUUUGUGGCAAAAGUGCGUGACGGUGUGUGCAGCAUCGCCAUCGAUCCGAUCGAAACAAAUGAGAAAUCGGCCGCCACCAAACGGAUAAGGUCUGCGUGCACUGGCCGUAUAAGCGAAAGUGACGUAUAUUGCUGGGUUGAGUGUAAUAGGCUGCAAUCUUCUUUCGGUGUUGCGUGUCUCGUGAGCCCUCGAUCCGCGUACCGCUUACAAACGGCUCUGGAUCGGUCGGUUGGUGCAAUUCAAAAUGCAACUUCCGGUCGCAACGGUUGGAUUCGUUUUCAUUUUCCUCUCGACGCUCGCGGGUACCAUUAAAGCCCAGAAGAAGGAAACCAACAAUGUGUUCAACACGACCUCGUGCCUCGAGAAACCUUACCGCUGCCCGCAUCCAAAGAUCAAGUUCUACCUCUACACACGCCGUACACAGCAAACCCCCGAGCUGAUCGAUGUCCUCGACCCAGAAUCACUCUACUACACCCACUGGAACCCAUCGCAUCCGGUCAAGAUCGUCAUCCAUGGAUUUGGCGGUGGCCGUAACCUGUCGCCCAGCCCGGACAUGCGUAAGGCGUACUUUACGCGCGGCAACUACAACAUCAUCAUCGUGGACUAUGGAACGGCAGUAACCGAACCCUGUUUAAGCCAGAUCGAGUGGGCACCACGCUUUGGGAGCUUGUGUGUUUCGCAGCUGGUCAAGUAUAUUGCGCGACAUCCGCGAGGUAUUAAUCCGGACGAUAUGCAUCUCAUCGGGUACAGUGUGGGGGCUCAUAUAGCAGGCCUGGUCGCGAAUUAUCUUACACCGCAAGAGGGUAAACUGGGCCGUAUAACCGGGCUCGAUCCAACUAUUUUCUUUUACGGAGGAUCAAACAACUCACGUGACCUGGAUCCAUCGGAUGCGCACUUUGUCGAUAUCAUCCACACGGGCGCCGGUAUUCUCGGUCAGUGGAACCCCGGUGGUCAUGCUGAUUUCUACGUCAAUGGUGGCACCAGCCAGCCAGGAUGUGCCAGCUCAACCAUUUUCCAAACACUGGCCUGUGACCAUACGAAAGUGACGCCAUACUUCAUCGAAUCCAUCAACAGUGAGCGAGGAUUCUGGGCUGGUCCGUGCCCGACGCUCAUCUCCUAUCUGCUCGGUUGGUGUGAACCCAAGGACUCCGAUUACGUGCUCAUGGGAGAACACCUUUCCAAACAGGCACGUGGUGUGUACUACGUUACGACGAAUGCAAAGCCCCCGUACGCAAGAGGAUUUCCUGGGAAAAACCGACGAACUGCCAAAACAUCCGAGUACAGCGGAGUGCGAAGAAAGUGAGCAGCAGCAGCAGCAGCAGCAGCAACAGCGGAGCAGAUUCGUCAAAAGCCAAAUGGUUGUGAUAUGAGCAGUGACCAAUAUACCGUUUUCUUAAGAAGAUUCGGAGUACACAUGACGACGCAGAACCACUAAACUGCUACUAGUAUUAGCAAAACAUGCAAGGGCAGCAAACGGUUAGAUUAGUUAGCAAACGGUUAGAUUAGUUACCCUAGUAGCUUUAGUAGUUGGGUAAGGGAAUCGCUAGGUUUGAGGUUCUUUCGUCAAACGACGACAACGACAAUAGGACUGCCAUCCGAUGAGGACGAACGCCGAAGAGGUUCAUUAGAUUUCGGAUUCGCUGAAGGAUGGCACAGCGUGGCGUCCGUCAUGGACGACCAUUAUUAGACGUGCAAACUAAUCACAGUAUUGCCGUCGCCAACCAGUUGAGAUGAUGUGCCGAUACAUGUUGAAAUAGGGACACACGAAGAGCAAGAGGGGGUAUGAUAGCGGUAGUGUAGAAGAGAAUACGUAAUAAAGCUUCAUCGAUCCAUCCACCAGAGCGUUGGUUCAGUUCAACAGUUUAAAUAUACGCCUUUUUAUUUGGA